CAAGUCAAUCCGCAGCAUCAUUCCUCUUCGGGUGAUAAAAAACCACUUUUGACCUGUGCAAAAAUCAUUGACCUUUGUGUCUGCCACGUGGAAGGCGAUAAGGAAGGCGAGGCAAACUACGUUUGGAAAGAAUCCUAUUCAAUCAUGAAAUGUAACAUGUUGUCUCUGUCACUGAAUCCAAUCACUAGAUUCAAGUCUCACACUCCUUCCAUUCCCUUAUCGUUGCGUGCUUCUCUCUCCGGCGCCGCCGAGUCAAUCAUGGCCACUAACUCAGUCCGAGUUGCCGCGGCUCAGAUGACAUCCAUCAACGACCUUGCUGCCAAUUUCACCACAUGCUCUCGUCUUGUAAAAGAAGCAGCAUUAGCUGGAGCUAAAUUGCUUUGCUUUCCUGAAGCAUUCUCCUUUGUGGGUGCUAAGGAUGGGGACAGUGUUAGAGUUGCAGAACCUUUGGAUGGACCAAUUAUGGAGAAAUACUGCUCUUUGGCCAGAGACUCCAGCAUUUGGUUGUCACUUGGAGGCUUCCAGGAAAAAGGACCUGAUCCUGAACACUUGUUCAAUACCCAUGUUAUAGUAGACGACACAGGGAAAAUUAUAAGCACUUAUAAAAAGAUACACCUGUUUGAUGUAGAUGUUCCUGGUGGAAGGGUAUAUAAAGAAAGUAGUUUUACAGAAGCAGGCAAGGAUAUCGUUGCAGUAGACAGUCCUAUUGGGCGUUUGGGCCUCAGUGUUUGUUAUGAUUUGAGAUUUCCAGAACUUUACCAAUUGUUACGUUUCCAACAUGGAGCGCAGGUACUAUUGGUGCCUGCAGCGUUCACUAAAGUGACUGGUGAAGCACAUUGGGAGAUUCUUCUUCGUGCUCGUGCAAUUGAGAGUCAGUGCUAUGUCAUAGCUGCUGCACAAGCUGGCAUACAUAAUGAAAAAAGAGAAAGCUAUGGUGACACUUUAAUUAUUGAUCCAUGGGGGACAGUUGUUAGUCGAUUACCAGAUCGUUCGUCUACAGGCUUUGCAGUAGCUGAUAUUGAUUUAUCAUUGGUUGAUUCAGUAAGAGAGAAGAUGCCAAUUGCUAAGCAAAGGAAGCCAAUUGACUUCUGGAAAGCUGCGUCUCUAUAGUUCUUAUUUGGACAAGUCAAGAAGGGAUAGUCUAAUUUAUAUAUUUGAUGGGGCUUUUCUAUGUACCAAAAUAAAAAUAUAGGACCUCCAUGUUAGAUUUCCCUGAGGAUGGUGUCUGCAAUUGUGAUUUUAAGGUCCAUGCUUGCUGUAUUCUAUAUCUGUAAAUCAUUUGUGCAUGCUACAUAGUAGAUAUUAUUUUCAAUAAAUUGAGGUUAGACUUAUUGCA